CUUUCCGGCGAUCUGCAUCAACCCGCCCCCAGCUACAGACUAGCCGUCGCUCGACCAUCAGAGUCUCCUCCGUCAUGAAACGCACUGGCUUUAUUCAACGCCUCAUCAACCGGUGGCAAGUCAUCCCCCUUCCCUGGCGUCGUGACCGAUUUGUCGGCUAUGAUCUCGACGGGAACAUGUACUUUGAGGGCCCUCCCAUCCGCGAAGGAACCCACUAUCCCCGGAGGAGGGUGGCUUACGCCGACGGCCGAGAGCAUUUCGAUCAGUACGAGCCCAAUUCGAUUCCGGUUCAGUGGCAAGCCUGGAUGCGACAUACCCGCCCGGCUGAGCCGACGAUCCAGGAACUGAUUGCCUCGGAGGAGCAGAAGCAGCGCACGCUGCAGCUCGCUCACGAGCUCGAUCGCCAGUGGGACGAGCAGCGAGCCCAACUCGCCAAGGCCCGGGAGGAUCUGCAGCAGCUCGCAGCCGGCGAGCGACACACAACCGCCAGCUCGGAUGCAGUCGGCCAGGGCGAAACGUUCCAGCCGGGUUCGUGGACGCCGCCCGCUCGGCCGGUCCAGCGAGGCGGUUGAGCCUGUGACGGCCGAGAAAGUGCGGUCCCGAGAGGAUCUGGCUGGUUGAUCGUUCGCCGAGACGAUGCAAUGCAGCCGAAUCGAUGGGGAUGUAAAGUUGUCGUCGCGGUAGUAAUAGCAGCAGUAGUUGUUGUUGGAUAACAAUGAAUUCCGCACACCGCAUAGAGUGCGAAUCGAUAUCACACCGCAUAGAGUGUGAAUCGAUACCACAUUCCGUUGCACACCGCAUUGCACAUUCCAAUGGAGACCCCGUCCGACUGC